AUGGUGUUGGUGCUGCUGCUGCUGAUUGCGGCAGUAGCCAUGGUGAUGAUGAUCAUGGUGAUGAUGAUGAUAAAGCUGGUGAUGAUGAUGGCAAUGGUGAGAGUGAGGGCCCGCCGCGAGGCCCCAGCCCCUCCGAAACCGGAAGCCAGACUCUCUGACGGGGUGGUGGUCGCUGGCUCAGGGACCCAAGACCCCAGCUGGACCCUCUUGCCUUCUUUCUCCACCGAAGCGGGGAAGCGGGAGCUCGAGCCCUCAGCCCACGCUCUCAACGCCUCCUUACAAGAGGUCCCUCCUCUCUCACCCGACGCGGUGCUGACCGAGCGGGAAAGCAGCGCCAGGGGUGGGACAGACCUGAUUGAGAGGCCUGAGGCCCAGUGCCCUGUGGGAUUCCAGAGCAAAGACUCCCAGAAAUGGAUUCUGGGGGGUCCUACACACAGCUGCUGCCACCAAGGCUGGUCUGUUCCCUCCCCAGGGGUCGUGAAGGUCAAGUGUGACCUCAGCAAGCCCUGCCCAGACAACUUCUUUGCGUUUAAAAUCCUCAGCGGGGCGGCCAACGUCGUGGGCCCCUCCAUAUGCUUCGAAGGCCGCAUGAUCAUGAGUCCUGUGAAAGACAACGUGGGCAGAGGCCUGAACAUCGCCCUGGUGAACGGAACCUCGGGGCAGGUGCUGAGGCAGGCCAGCUUCGACAUGUACUCCGGAGACCCUGAGCUCCUGGUGAAAUUCCUUAAAGCAAUUCCAGAGGACGUGCUGGUGCUAGUGGCCUCCUACGAUGACGCGGGGACCAAGAUGAAUGAUGAACUCCGGAAGCUCUUCACCAACUUGGGCAGCUCCUACGUGAAGCAGCUGGGCUUCCGGGACAGCUGGGUCUUCCUGGGGGCCAGAGACAUCAGUAACAAAAGCCCCUUUGAGCAGUACGUAAAGAACAUCCCCGACAUGAACAAAUACGAGGGCUGGCCGGAGCUGCUGGAGAUGGAGGGCUGUGUGCCCCGGAAGGUGUUUUAGGGCUGCGGCUCCUCCUGGCAGCCGCCAGCGGGACUGGAUGGAGCUGAAGGACAGCGGGCAGCGGGCAGCGGGCAGCGGACAGCGCAGGGUGAGGCCGGCCCAGCAGCAUGAAGGUGCUGAGGAUCCCCGCCCUCUCUGCAGCUUCCCCUCCGGGCGAACGCAAGCUCCCAUGGGCGAUGGACGAUGGGCGGAGGCAGCUGUCCCGCUUGGAGGUGACCAGCCCCGGAGGGUCCCUCCGGAGCCGCUGUCGAUGGAGAGAACAGGUGCUUUCCCUCGAGAACUCUGACCGUUGCCCCAGGAGAGGGCAGACUGCCCGCCCGGGCAGAAUUAAAUUGUAUUUUUGCUCACCUUGAA